AUGGACGAUGGUAAAGUUUCUGAAGCCUCACCAUCAUCCAUGUCUAGCAUGAACAAAGCUUAUGGUAAGCUGACCAACGGGAGACACCGCGUGGCUGCCACACGGUGUGGUGGCGUAACCAAGGGAUGCCAUACCAAUCAGCAGCCCCUACAAUUAGAGCUUCGCGAAGACUGA